GAGUGGACCAGGCGGCGUCGGGGAAGGCUGGGCGGCCAGCUCGAGGCGAGCCCCCCAUCCCGCAGACCGAGCAGGGAGCCCCUCCGAGGCGGCAGCGACGGGUGAAUCCCCUGCCUGCGGGGAGAGGCUUGGCGGAGGAUCCUGCCUUCUCCUGAGCAGGCAGAGGCUGGCGAGGGGAGCAAAGGCUACACCCACUAGGCAGUCCCGUCCCCCCCCCUCCCGGGCGAGGAACUCCGCGGCUCGUGGGAAGGGGGCAGAGGGCGCCAUGCAAACAGCCACUGCCUCUAUUCUCGAUGUGUCAAGGACGGGGGUGAUCCGAGAGGACAGCAGUAAUGCCCCAAAUAACCACACAGGGCAAUGCAACCAGAUAUUCCCACCUCAUUUUGGCACAUCCCAGAUAAUCCAUGGCAAUGGCACCACCAUCGGCACAGUCUUGGCGUUCCAGUGCUCUGCAGAACACCAGCUGAUUGGGCAAAGAGUUGUCACGUGCAUUUGGAAAGGAAAUGAAACUCACUGGACAGCAGACAUUCCUGCGUGUAAGCCCAUAUCCAAAUUUGAAACCUUUGGAUUUAAAGUUGCAGUGAUUGCCUCCAUUGUCAGCGGUGCUAUUAUCCUGUUGAUGUCUGUGGCUUUUUUAACCUGUUGUCUUAUCAAAUGUGUUAAGAAAACUGAGAGAAGAAGAGCUCAAAGAGAUAUGCAGCUGUGGUACCAGCUCAGAACUGAAGAACUGGAAACCAUGCAAGCUGCCUACUUUGGUUUUAAAGGCAGAAACAACAACAACAACAAUAAGAAAACGAAGAAGAAAGAUGGAUUUGGUGAUAGUUUUAACAUGGCCUAUGACAACCAGGGCUUCUGCAGCUUCCAUGAAGAAUGGGCUGGAGAAAUCACAGAGACUGGCUGUAGUAGAGAUAAUGAUUUUCACAGCAAAUUAACCAGAACCAGCAGUGUCCUUGGUAAACAGUUAGUACCAGGAAACAAUGUUGCUAUACAUGCUAUCAGCACGAUACAUGUCGUUGAGGUCUAUGGGACUGAAAAGGAUGUGGUUGGGACCUCAGAUUCUCAUUUACCUGGAUAAGCAACCUCAGAAAUGCAAUUAAAGAUUUGCUGGACCAAAGCCAAAUGGGAAUCCAAAU